AUGUUCUGUAUUUAUUGUCAACAGCUGAAAAGAAAUUUGCCAGCAUGCUUGCCUCCUUGGAGGGCUUCUCCAUGUGUCUUUAGAUCCUCCAAAUCAGAACUUCUGCCAAAUCUAGCCAGUGAUGGAGUUGUCUGUGCUCCACUUCAAACAUUCACUGAAGAGGAGACGAUGCUGAAAAAUAUGGUGACAAAAUUUGCUCAGGAACGAGUUGCACCUUUGGUGCAAAAAAUGGAUGAGAAUUCGAAAAUGGAAGACUCUGUAAUACAGGGAUUGUUUGAACAAGGGCUGAUGAGUAUUGAGCUUGGGGAAGAAUAUGGAGGAACUGGAGCUUCAUUUUUUUCAACCAUAUUGGUGGUAGAAGAAUUGGCCAAAGUUGAUCCAGCUGUAGCUCUUCUAUGUGAACUCCAAAAUACACUAACAAAUAAGUUGUUUACUACCUAUGGAACAGAAGAACAAAAGAGAACUUACUUGCCCAGGGUGGCUAAAGAUACAAUAGGCAGUUUCUGUCUUUCAGAAGCUGGAUCUGGCAGCGAUGCUUUUUCUUUGAAGACUCGGGCUGAGAAGAAAGGAGACUACUAUAUUAUCAAUGGCUCAAAGAUGUGGAUUAGCUUAGCAGAACAUGCAGGAGUUUUCUUUGUGAUGGCAAAUACAGACCCAUCCUUAGGAUACAGGGGAAUCACAUGCUUCCUAGUAGAUCGCAACACAGAGGGACUACAUGUAGGGAAGAAGGAGGACAAGCUUGGAAUCAGAGCGUCUUCUACCUGCCCAGUAACAUUUGAAAACGUUAAGGUUCCUGAGACCAAUAUCCUGGGCCAGGUUGGACAAGGCUAUAAGUAUGCAAUUGGAAUGCUAAAUACUGGCAGAAUAGGUAUUGCUGCACAGAUGUUAGGACUGGCGCAGGGGUGUUUUGACCAUACGAUUCCCUAUACAAAGGAGAGAAUCCAGUUUGGGAAAAGCAUAUUUGAUUUCCAGGGGAUGCAACACCAGAUAGCUCAGGUGGCCACGCAGCUGGAGGCGGCGAGGUUGCUGACCUACAACGCAGCUCGUCUCGUGGAAACAGGAAGGCCCUUCAUCAAAGAGGCGAGCAUGGCCAAGUACUACGCUGCCGAGGUUGCAACACUGACAACGAGUAAAUGUAUUGAAUGGAUGGGUGGUGUUGGAUUCACAAAAAGUUAUCCCAUAGAAAAGUACUAUCGUGACUGCAAGAUAGGUACAAUAUAUGAAGGAACUUCAAAUAUCCAGUUGAGCACCAUUGCAAAAAGCUUAGCACAAGAGUACUGAAACCAUAAGGACUUCUUGACUGUUAACAGAAAUUAUUUCACUGAACACUCAUUAUGAAUUACACUUUUAUUUGUAAUUAUA